CGUUUCGUACUUUAACACAACAAUACAAACACACACACACACAAAACACACACAAGCCUUUUGGUCUGAAUCUGAUACAUCAAUACACCAACAACAAUGGAGUUACCAAAACUAUUAAUCUCACUCUUUCUCUUCUCAUUCUCAUCUUUCUUCUUAGGUGCUGAAUCGGAUUAUCCUCAGCAUAGUAACUUGAAGAGACUGAGACCGAAUAGACUGUUCGUGUUUGGAGAUUCCUAUGCAGACACCGGAAACAUAAGGAAAUCUCUCUCCGAUUCUUGGAAAAUUCCUUACGGCAUCACUUUCCCCCAAAAACCUUCCGGUCGUUUCUCCGAUGGCCGCGUCGCCACCGAUUUUCUAGCAAGAUACUUGGGGAUAAAGUCACCAAUUCCGUACACGUGGAAGGAUUAUGCCGGAAAGGAACGGCUAUUGUACGGAAUGAAUUAUGCGUAUGGAGGAACAGGAGUGUUUAAGACUAAAGAUAAUCCAUUGCCAAACAUGACAACUCAGAUUGAUUAUUUCCAACGUGUCCUCGCCGCCGGCAAUAUCUACUCGCCUUCCGAUCUCCCCUCCUCCCUCGCUCUGGUCAGCGUCGCCGGCAACGACUACGCCACUUUCUUGGCCCUAAAACGCCCACUGACCGAGUUACCGGCAUUCAUGAAGCAAGUUGUUGAUCAAAUUGCGGUUAACGCCAUGCGCAUCCACAAGUUGGGAGUAAAUAAAAUAGUAAUUCCUUCAAUGCAGCCACUCGGAUGCCUCCCUAGCAUCACAGUCUUUAAUUCAUUCCAACGUUGCAACGCCACAGAUAACGCAUCAACGAAUCUUCACAACUAUUUGUUGCAUAAAGCCAUCGCUAGGCUUAAUAAUGAGACAAAGCCAUCCACUUUCGUCGUUCUUGACCACUACAACGCGUUCUUGACUGUUUUCAAGAACAAAGGACCGGAACCUGGUGUUUCGAGGUUUGGGAACCCGUUAAAACCGUGUUGUGUCGGGGUCAACAGCAGUUACGACUGCUCAAAUGUGGAUGAGAAGGGUGAGAAGAAGUACAUAAUUUGUGAAGAUCCAAAGGCUGCCUUCUUUUGGGACAUCUUUCAUCCGAGUGAAGAAGGAUGGAGAUCUGUUUACUCAGUUCUACACAAACAUCUCAAAGCUAUUUGGAUUUAAGAUAAAGAGAGUUUCACAAGUCAAGCUCACUGGUUCGAAUGUCAACACCAGAAACUGGUGGGUAUUAUAAGGGAUCGUCGAAUUCAUAGAUUAAAAAAAAAAGCAAUGAUUAUAAAAAUAUGAAAUCUUACUACCUUCGGUUGAUCUUGUUGAAUCAAGCUGUUUUUGAAUUGAUAGCUUGAGACCUAGAUGGCUAAUAAACUCAGAGAAUUAGUCGGUGUUCUCAAUUAGAAUU